AUGUCCUCCCAGCAUCCACCCAGUAUCGCCACUGCCUCCUCUGAGAUGCACACGGUGGUGAAGACACCAAACGUCGUUGUCAGAUUUUGGAGCUCACUCAGUAAACGUCUCGGGUUCAGGAGACCCCUCAGCUUCUUCUUUUUCUUUGUGUUUGGUGGCGCACUUGCUGGAUUCUCCUUGGCUAGUUUCCGUCUCCUCGACCCAACCCAUUACUAUACCGCCUCAUUUGCCCCCGGUGAAGUGUACUGGGUUCGCGAGGGAAUAAGAAAAGCCGGAAUGAUUCUUCAUUUGGCAGCAAUCCUACCUUGUGGUAUCCUCUCUAUCCUCCAAUUCAUCCCAAAGAUCCGCAAGCAAUAUAUUCUCUUGCACCGUAUCAACGGAUAUCUCGUCCUCAUUCUCCUCGUCCUUGGUAUCACAGGUGGCUUCAUCAUGGCCCGACACACCUUUGGAGGAGGCGUAUCUGCAUCCGGAGCGACCUAUGCGGUCGGCGCUGUAACUCUCAUCUCAGCAUUGAUGGGAUACUAUAACAUCAAACAAAUUCAGCUAGAACAGCACCGAAAGUGGAUGCUUCGAAUGGUCAUUUACAUGUCGUCGAUUAUCACAGCAAGAGUGGCCAUGAUGAUCACAGCUGCUGUCGUGACAACUAUGGGUGGAUUUGCGGCUCCAUGGAGUUGUGCAGAGCUCUUGUACACACUGGACAGCAAUACGACAAAGGUCAUCAACGCUGGCUAUCCACAAUGUACAGACCCAAACUCGGGGGACCAGUUGGUCCUCGUCCCAGCUACCUUUGAGGUAUCCCCUCAGGGGGUGGGGUCUGCGCUGCGUGUAGCAUUUGGGAAUUCAAUGUGGACAUCAUUGCUGAUUCAUGUGGUCCUCGCGGAGAUCUAUCUCAAAUUGACGCCUAGCGAGACCGACAGGUUACGUGCCAUCUCAUACCAGAGGCAACUUGAAGCAGGAGUUAAACAUCCAGGGAGUGCAGGGACAACCAGUGACAGAUGGGGGGAUGCAAAAUACUAUCAUGCGUCGCAAUUGAAGCCUUAA